GGAGUUCUGUGUGUGGGAGGUUAUUAUAAAAAGGGAGUUUGAAUGCUUGUUACUCAUCGUAGUACACCGAAUACAGUCAAUCGUAGGUCACGGUCGCUCACCUAGAGUGCGUUCACGAAGUAGUAGUACAAUCUGUCGAGAUUGCAAGUGCAUUCAGGAGUACAAAUCAAAUUUAGCUGAGGUGAGCUUAUCUCGAGAGUGUUGUGAGAAUAGGGAGCUUCACAAUGACUAAAAAUUUUAGACAAAUUUCCUCCGGCAAAGUGAUUGUAUCCAGGUACGACGGUGUUGUACUACACAUGCUUUCUUUUCUACUUCUUCUCUCGGGAUUUGCGUUCUCGACCGCCCAUGGGGAGCAUUCCUUCUGCCAAAAUCUAACGGCGUCUCCGACUCUCACACAGUUCGUGGAUCCGCUCCCGAUUCCUCCGACCAUAGACGUCUCCACCGGUGUACAGGUGACACUCGGCGCCUACAAAAUAACUCAGAAACUGCACUCGGAGCUGCCCGCGACGACGCUGUACGCGUACGGGACGAGUGAGAAAACCGCGAGCCUGCCGGGCCCGACGCUGGAGGCGACGCGUCACAAGCCGGCGCACAUCCGCUUCGAGAACCACAUCCCGGACUCGGAAACCUUCCUCAUCACCGACACGACGAUCCACUGGGCGAACCCGGCGCGCGGCGGCGUGCCCAUCGUCACGCACCUGCACGGAGCCGAGGCGCCCAGCGACUCGGACGGCCACCCCGACGGCUGGUUCACGGCGCGCGGCGAGACGGGCCACAAAUUCGUCACGCAGAACUACACGUACCCGAACUCGCAGGUGGCCGCGACGCUCUGGUAUCACGACCACACCGUCGGCAUCACGCGCAACAACGUCCUGGCCGGGCUGGCGGGCUUCUACAUCAUCCGGUCGCCGAGCGAGGAGCCGCGCAAUUUACCCUCGGGGCGAUUCGAGGUCCCGCUCAUGAUCCAGGACAAGCAGCUCUGGACCAAUGGAUCCAUCAACUUCCCUGACGUGGGCGACUCCCCGGACAACCAUCCCAACUGGUGCCCGGAGUACUUCGGCGACAUCAUGCUCGUCAACGGCGUAGCCUGGCCGCACCUCGACGUCUACCGCGCCAAGUACCGCUUCCGCAUCGUUAACGCGGCCAACGCGCGCUUCUUAACUCUGUCGCUCAGCGAGCCGUCACUGCAGUUCAUUCAGAUCGGCACGGACGGAGGCUUCCUGCCCUUCCCCAUGUACCUCGACAACCUGACCAUGGCCCCCGGCUACCGGACGGACGUAAUCGUCGACUUCUCGCGGCUGCCCGUCGGCACCGCCGUAUAUCUGAACAAUUCCGCGCCCGCUCCCUUCCCCAGCGGCGACCCCGAUUUCAGCCCGCCCUCGACGAAUUCGGUCAUGGCGUUCAGAGUCGUCCGCGAGCCUGCGGGGUUCAGAAUCCCGCAAUUCGCCGUGCCCCGAACAAUGGGUCCCAUGCCAGUGCCGAGCUAUGACUCGAAGAGCGUCAUGCGCCGCAGCCUCACGCUCGUGGAGAACGACGAUGCCGACGGCAAUCCUCUCGGUGCUGUGCUCAAUAACCACACCUGGAUGGACCCCGUGACCGAGACUCCGAAGGUGGGCAGCGUGGAGAUUUGGGAGAUCAUCAACUUCACUCCCGAUGCGCACCCGAUUCAUAUCCAUCUCAUCCAGUUCCUGUUCUUGAACCAGCAGGCGUUCAAUCAGACCGCUCACGAUGCCGGCGACUGCACGCUCGAUGAGGACUUUCCUCACCCAGAGAGCUGCUUCGUUGAGAGCCCACAGCGGCCGGAUCUCACGCAAGUCGGAUGGAAGGAUACGGUCAUCGUGUGGCCGUCCAAGGUGACCAGACUCUGGAUCAAGUGGACUCCUCGCGAUGGUUUGCCUUUCCCGUUCAAUCCCGUCUCCGGACCUGGCUACGUCUGGCAUUGCCACAUUCUCGAUCACGAGGACAAUGACAUGAUGAGACCACUCGCCAUGCUCUACUGAGGGUCAGAGAAUCGAACGACCACAGCAGGCUGAUGAGCAUCAGCAUAAAUUUUGUACAUAGUAGUGCUCCAUCGGCAGUGGGAGUGGUCAAUUUCUGGAUGCUUAUGGUGCGGAUCAAUCGAUCGAAAGAAGGAGAAAUUUACUCAGCUGACGGAGAUUUAUAGGAACCUUACGUGAUAAUAACGUAUUCGCCGACGACAGAUUUACUCUCCAAGAUCCUAGAGUUCAAAAAAAUGUUCGGUGCUCUAGAUUAUUUUGGAUCAUUUUUUUUACUCUAUGAAUAGAACGAUUUUUGACAUAGUCGUACAAACCAGUAGGUUCGAUAAUUUGCAGAAGCUCCUACUUGCUUCUUGCAAUUUGACAGCUCAUGAUGCUGCUUAGAAAUUCCAGUCAAUAAACAAACGCGCUAUAUAGCAUCUUAUGCUGUAUAUUGCAUUGUAUAUAUAUAUUGCAUCGUCAGAUCACUAUAUCUUCUUGGCAGAUUAUGCAGUGAUGAGGUCCACGGAAGAAUGUGGCGCUUCAGCAUGUCGGGCUUUUAUCGUAUCGUGCUGCCGUCGCUCUGCCAACAAUUCUUCCGGGUAAGCUGGCGAGAGGAUUUCCCCAAGACAUCUGAAGAAGUACGGAUCGUGUUCUGACUAGUCGCCUUCGUGGCCUGGCCUGUCACUGACAUUGACGAAACGUUACUUCAAAUAGGACGCAGAUUUUGUACCAGUCCAAUCGUAGACACGGGCUUUAACAACUUUCCUAAUUUUGCAAUCCUACAGGAAUCCACACAUCCCUCUAAUUUGGGAGUUUCGGACAUGAUUGUUGGUACGUAACACUCUAUUCCCUCAAGCGUAAUCGUCGUUCGCAAAUAACAUGAACAUGGCAAAUCAUUUGCUUUUACUGAGGCCAACAUUUGAGUCAAUCGCCAGUUCUAGUUUUCGGAGUUCAUUCCAGUAGUCAGUGCUGUUAGGGUCUUCGUGAUACCUUUUCUUGAGACGUCAUUUCACGUCGAAGUUUUUAUGUCGGAUCGAUGAGAGUGAAUCUCUCUUCGACCUCAGAAAAAGUUCUU